AUGGGCUCCAUGGUCUGGACCUCUGACGAGGCUCGCUACCUCAAGGCCAUCUUCUCGUGGCAAGACCAGUUUGACGACGAGCAGGAUGGCGGCAACCGCGUGCAGACCGCCGCCGCACGCGCCUUUGUCGGUGACUUUCGUGUGCUCCUCAUCGGCGCGAAAGGCGUCGGCAAGACGGCUCUCCUGACGAGGUUCUGCGAUGGCUCAUUCCAGGACGAUGCACCGCCGGAUCCCCGAUUCGUGCGUGGCGGACGACGGCCCCUGCGCAUCGACAACCUCAUGUACAGCAUGGACGUCCUCGAGAUGCCCUCCCAGCAUCUGGUAGAGGAGGAUCCACAAGCCACAGGGGCGCCGAACGAUAGCAGCAGCAGCAAAAACAAUGGCAAUAAAGGCAAACUCGGCCGCGGGUCGCCGUCACCCACAGUGACACCUGCCGCCAUGAUGCUCGAGCAAGCCCUUGCCAUUACUGAGGCAGCCAUUGUCAUUUACGACGUCUGCAACCCGGCGUCGUUUCAGCAGGCACGGCGCCUCUACGACCGGCUGCGCCAGGAACGGGGCAUGGGCAUCCACGACGCACAACAGGCAGACAAGACAAAGGGCGGCGACGACAAGACCCGGCCGAGGACGUCCAAGCGGGCCGUUCCCAAGAAAAAAUCGAUGCGCUUCCGAAGCUACAAAAAGGAGCAGCAGCAGCAACAGCAACAACAGCAACAGAAAAACGAAGAAGAGUCCCAUCAUGCGCGCUCCGUGUCCAUGGGUGGUGCUCGUGCCCAGUCGAAACCCGCACGGCCCUUUGCCCUGCUUCUCGUCGGCACCAAGAGCGACGCCGACGACAGCGACCGGCGUGUGGCCUGGAUCGACGGCAGCAAAGCGGCAGCCGUGCCGUCGCCGUCAGCAUCCACAGCCGCGCUCCCCGUCCCGUCGAUCCCCCCCAUACCUGUGCCCUCGGCUGUGUCCUCGGCUGUGCCCUCGGCGGUGCCCUCGGUUCCUGGUCUACAGCCACACCCGCAUCCGCACCCUCCCUCGGCGUCGUCGCCCUCGUUCUUCCUCGAGGCCAGCGCCAAGACCGGCGACAACGUCACCGACGUGUUUGUGCAGAUCGGUCGCGAGAUUUUACGGCAGAGGGCCGAGCGGCGGCGGCUGAUGGACGAGCACGAGGCUGCGGCGUUGACAGCCUCGGCCUCGUCCAGCACGACAACGGCCAACACCAACAACACGUCUCUGCUGCGGAAAAGGAGCCACACGUCGGCGAUGACGACAACAACGACACGGCGGACGUUUGGUGUGAUGCGCGUGCUCGGUUGGACGUUUGGCCGGCGACCUGUCGUCGUGCCAGAAGGCCAGGCCGUCGCGUGA